AGUACGUCCCUCCCGAGUCCCCAACACUUAUCGUCACUCGCUCGCCUCGACAGGCGUGGUCAUCACCGGAAGUAGCAGCGGGAUGGGUGGGUGAAUUGAAGGAAUGGGCCUCGGGUUUCCGGGCCCCAAGAGCCUUCGUCCUGCAUGGUCCUGGACAGCCCCUUCCCUGUGCCCAGGAG